AUGGCACCGCGUGGUUUCACAAAUCCCGCUCCCAGGACCGAGUCAGCGCGGUCUGCGCUCAGCUCCUUCACCUGUACCCUGUGCAAUAAAUCCUACUCGCGCCACCCAGAAUAUGAAGCGCAUAUCGGCUCAUACGACCACCAGCACAGAAAGCGUUUGCAAGAUCUCAAACAGCUAACACGUGAUCCCAAUGCUGUCGAGAAGAACCGCCGCGCAGAACGUAAAGCCGAUGCGCAGGCCGGUCUGAAAGUGAUUGAGACUCCUGUGAACAAUGUGGCACCAAGUGGGGGAAGCACGGGUUUCAAGAAGGGUGGCUUCAAAAGCUCAUUCGCUACUAUCAAGGGAACAGCGGCCCCCGCACCCCCAGUCAAGAGGAAGAACGUUCUAGGAGAUGACGAUGAAGAUGAUAUCCCGAAACCUCGAGAGGAUGGUCCAUCACAUGUACGCAAACCCCAAAAGAGUGAAGAUGAUGAUGUGGAAAGCGAAACCGAUGAAUAUGACCAAGAAGGAUAUUAUGAUCCUCGCCGGCCAUCGGACUGCUUCCCUGGGUGUGUUGCCCAAAAGGUCUGA